UCUAACGGCUAUGGAAGAAGCAUCAUCGGGAUAACGAAGCUGUUUAAUACUUCAAUUCAACCUUCUCAAAAGCUCUGCCAUCUCAAUGCUCGGAAUGAUGGCAGAGCAGCAACUAUGGAGAAUCAACCUUCAAGCAAAGGCAAAAAACUUCCAUUUCAAACUCAAAGCAUCUAAAUACUUACCAACUUGCUACAAUUUCUUUCGAUUCUCACUUUUCUUCAAGAUUUCGCAUCUCCUCAUCCGAUUGAGCUCUGAUAAUAACCCGACGACCAAACGAAAAUCAUUAAAAUCAAGAAUUUCCGAACCCAUUCAGAAAUUUCGGAGAAGAAUCACAAAGAGAACUGCUUUUCCUGCUCAGAAGCCCUCGAAAAUCAAAUGGUUGAAAUUGGGUUCUUGUGAGUCAAUCUAUCAGAAGGAUAGAAAAGGGAUCAUCAUCCAUGGUUUGAGCGUAUUUAAAUACCUCCUUACACAAAUAAAGAUAUUUAUGGAAACAAAAGCCAAUAAGUUGCUGUUACUUUCAAUUCUAGCAAUGAUGGGAUACCUUCUUUGGUUGCGUAUGAAGAACCAUUUGAGUUAUCAUGAAAGAACCUUUGCUUCAAGAUACUUUAGGAAGUCGGGACGAUCCACCCAAUAUACAAGAUGUCAAUGAACGACAAUUCUGCUCAUUAUGUUCAAUACUGCGGUGGUUGAGGAAAGCAAGUGUCGAUUGAAAUUCUCUCCUAAAUGCAAAAAAACUUACAACUAGGGUAAUUCGAUAUAAACAAAAACCUUGAACUAAUGUUCAAUCUGUUUAUGCUUUGUGUGAAGGUGUUAUAUUCGUUUGUUGACGAAAAGGCAGCCACCCGUCCACCAUUUUUGUGAUUUUGGACAUCAAAACCACCAUUCUUCUUCCUUUUUACAUCUGUCUCACAUAUGUAUAUGUUGCUUAAACCCCGCUUUGUAGGAUUAAAGCUUGAUUUUUGUGCUCUUUAGUAAGUAGAAAAUGGCAGAAAUACAUAAAAA